GCGACUGUGCUCCCCGGCGACAGUCAUGCACAGGCUCGUGCUCCAGGUGUUGGGCGUGCUGUGCUGCCGCCUGGUGGCGGAGGCCGGAGUUAAGCAGCGCCGCUCGCCGUUUGGCUCUGCCGGCACCCAGCUGACUCCCGUCGGCUACGACGGCGAGGAUCGCGACGCCACCAUCAUCAGUUACGAGAACGUGCAAACCGAUGACGGCUAUCAGUUCGGGUUCGAGACCUCGAACGGCAUCGCGCACGAGGAGGUGGGCCUGAUGUUCGGCGGCCGGGAGAACAACACGGGCGUCAUGGUCACCGAGGGUCGCGUCCAGUGGGAUGCGCCUGGAGGCUUCCGCUUCGAGGUGCUCUGGCACGCCGACGAGAACGGCUAUCAGCCCACCGGCGUGCACCUCGUGUCGGAGCAUUGGCACCCGCUGGCACAGGCACCCAGCUCGCUGGAUGAGUACAAGCUGUUGCGUAGCGCGCGCGAACGCUUCAACGCCCAGGAGACCCUGCGGAAGGUGGAGGCGCUCGCCCAGGCUAGUGGCAGCGGCCGGCCGGCUGCCAAACGCGACUGACAGGGAGAUCACUUCAUGUGAUCACUCCAAGU